AUGUGCCAUGGCGUCGUUACCCUGCUAAUCAUCCAAGCCCGCUCGCGUAAGAGCUCACGCGAUGGCAACAGACGGUCUGCUAAGAAAAGGAAGCAACCCGCAGAUGAAAAUGACGCUGGAGGGGAACCAACAGUUAAGGAGGAAAAAGAGGAGUCUUACAGAUCUGUCAUUCAAAAGAACAUAGCUGAGAAAAUGGCAUUCUUGGAAUCUCUCGGCGUCGAUGAGUUGAAGGUUUCCCUGGCACCUCCUCCUGUACAUAUGCCUGCGAAGUCGCCACGCCCACCGAAGAAGCCGAAGCAAGAGGUUGAGCAUUUAGGGGCGAGAAAAAGCCUGCGACUGCAGAACAAGCCAGCCGUAUCUGAGAACCUCGACCUAGGCUCCUUCUACCAGGAGCCAGUUAAAGAGCGCAUUAGACCAGGACCACUGGCCUUCGUGGAGGUUGCUAGGGGUGGUGUCGACGAAGGUAGCAGGUCUUGCCUCUGCGAGGACAUCGUCAAGGAAGAACUUCGCGAAGUGGCUUUGGAGUCUCUGUCAAGAGAAGCUGGAGGAUUUCUGGACAGGAUGAUGGAAGUGAGUGUGGAUGACCUGGUUGUACAGAAAGUGGUCUCAGCGCGCAUCACCGCGAUGGCUAUCCACCCAUCUCUGACGGCAACUCUCGUCUUUGCUGGCGACAAACUGGGAAAUUUUGGAUUUCUGAAGGUGGGCACUGGUGAAAAUGUCGUUGAAACAUACACUCCGCAUGACGCUGGCUUGAUGUGCUUGAAGAUCCGCCCCGGAGAGCCGCAGAAAAUUUAUUCUGCAAGCUACGAUGACACCUUGCGGUGUGCAGACAUUGAGCGGGGCAUUUUCGAUGAGCUGUAUCGUACUGAACCUGACGUUGGAGUGAUGUACAUUGACUGGCUGACGGACAACACGAUGAUCGCAGCACAUGGCAAUGGUCAAGUUUCUUUUUUGGACCCCAGAUCGCAAGAGAAAAAGGUUGGCAUGUACGAUCUGCACAGUCGAAAAGUGAGGACCAUCAAUGCCCACCCGACGAACAGCUGGUGGUUCCUGACGGGCAGCACAGAUGCGAUGGUUAAACUUUGGGAUUCCCGAAUGAUGUCGAAAAGAAGCCCAGUGCCCCUGGGAACACUGACGCACCACCGCUCCUGUUCUGGGGCAUUCCUCUCACCAGUUGAAGGCGACAAAGUCCUUUCAACAUCAUUCGACGACACUAUCAGAUUAUGCGACAUCAAUCUGGCUACAGGAGAAAUGAAGCAGCAGAUCACACUCAAGCACAACAACAGGACCGGGAGGUGGCUGUCGCCGUUUAGGGCCGUGUGGGUGCCGGGCUGCGACGAGCUCUUCCUCGUCGGCAGCAUGGAAUACCCACGGCGCAUCGAGGUCUACUCGAGCAGCGGCUCGCUCCUCUACAAGUUCAUGGGCGAAGGCCUGGCCUCGGUCUGCUCGAUCGUCGAGGUCCACCCCGAACGGAUAGUCAUCGCGGGCGGAAACUCCAGCGGCAAGCUGCAUGUCCUCAUCGAGCCGUAGGUCGCGAAAGCAUCGCCGCUCUGAACUACAAACCGGUGCUCUAGCGUCGGCAACCCAGAAGUGCGCGUCCAGCAACGUACCCUGCCUUCGUUGCUGCCACUGCUCUUGUAAUGCGACUAUUGCAACAGCGGUUUAUUGGUGUAUAUCCCGGACAGUGCAAACGAAACACUUGCAAAGCCAAAGAAGAUGGCUAGUGCUGUUCUGUUUUGUUUCUGCUGUCAUUUAGACCGAUGUUCGAGUGUCUGUUUUCAUCUCCUUCCAAGCCCGUUUUAAUCACCACCUUGCCUUUUAUACGAUGUGAACCAAGUCAUUUGUCCCUUUUUUCUUUUCUUAUGCGAAUGCAUUUCAUAGGCUAUGUCACACGUUCGUCGGGAUCCGUCCACCACCCUCUCCUGUAGCAACAGCUCUGGGCGCGCGCAUCCCUAGCAACCGGAGCCCCCACUCCCUUGUCUUGAACGUGACUUAACACCGCCUCAAUGCAGUGCAUUUAAAACGCGUUUGUAGCGUUUGUGCUGCAUUAAGGCGGUAGCAACAUCCCCGAGGUGAUCACAAACGCACGUAGGAAGCGUUUGUUGAAAGAGGCGCCCCAAAGGGCGACACUCGAGCACAUCAUUAUGCCCAGCGAGGGUUUCAUUUUUUUAACCGUGCACACUAGGUACUAGAGUUGGAAACGCAUACUGUGUUUCUGGCCACAGAAAAAUGCCUUGUGCGGUGAACGACACUAUUUGCUGCACGGUGUAAAAAGAAAAAAAGAAAGAAAAUAUUAUUCUUCUAACACUGGUUCUCGCAUGCGAAACGCCAUUGUAGGCGUCACACAAUGCAUUCGCAUUUCUUCACGAUUCUCUUCAAGGAGGUGGGAGCAGCUUUUUUUUUUUAACCAGCUUUGUUGCUGCUGCAGUGGACCAAAUCAGGUUCUUUAGCUUGCUAGUGAAGAUCACAGACGAGUCCAGAACACACACAAAAAUUUUCCGGCAGCGUGCAUAGGCUGCUGCUAGAAAUUCUGUACUGGAUUCUUGAAUGGCUGCUGUAUAUAUGAAAGUGAGGCUGAGCACAGUUUUAACUAUUUUAUGCAUUUUUAUUUUGAAAUUUUUAUGCGUUGAAUUCCCACAGUAAAAGCGUCUAGUCUAGACGCAUCUUGUAAAGUGUUUCUCUCUCUGUUGCGAGACACAUGACAAGACGAAAGUGCUGCGAACAGAAAUACUUGCAGUGUAUGAUAGAUGCUUUUUAUUGUAUAAAAUGACCCUGCUCAAGGCUUUGAGAGAGCAAGUAAAUAUGUUGCCAGUAGAUAAAAGAACUCGCUGUCUUUCUCUCUGCACUUCAAGAGAAGAAAAAAAAACUAGGUUUGGCAGGAAAAGAAGUACAUCUGGCACUUUUAUCACUAGUACUCUUAUCACUUCCACUAAGGCAGCACCAAGAAAAUAAACUAUAUAUAUUAAAUACUGAAGCCAAAGCAUAAUGUCCCUAGAAAAAGAAAGUUGACUAGGUUGUCGUCCACCAUGAAACAAAGCAGGACUGAUUGAACCAUGCAGUGCGAUGUGCUCGUGAAAGUUGCAUCACAUGUAGCAUUUUAAAAAAUUGCACACCCACUGCAGCUCGAUAACUAUUAGCACAGCACAGCAGCAGCAGGCCGCAAUGGCAAGCCAGUCGUCUCUACUAGAACGUAGAUGUUCGUUUAAGGUGCAUCACCUUCUCAACUUAAAAGACGUUAAAAAAUUGCACUUGUGCUAUGGAGCAGCCUGGUGGCUUAAGCUCGCGUGUUGGCCUUUGCAACUUCUGGCAGAAGUUUGACUGGCGAAUAUAAACAAGCUAAAAUGUCCAGCACUUUUUCAUACUAAUUAUGCAUGUCCUAAUUGCUCUUUUUUUUAGUGCAAAUUCCUUUGUUAACCAUUUAAACCUCAAUAAAGCUGUGGAAAUGGCAU